AUGCCAACGUAAUUGUUCCAUCAUCUUGACUUUAAUCCUAAUUAUGACAUAACUCAAAAUGGAGUUGAGAAACUAGCUCCAUGUAAAUACAAAAUAGCUUAUGCUAGUGAUGCCUCAACUGAUCAUUUGAAUUUGAGACUCAGAAUGAAAGAGUUUAGAAUUUGGAACAAAGCCAUGUCCAUAGUUGAUUUAUAAGAAUAUGAUAGAACUACAUUGCCACUAAGAUUUCCUUCUUUGGUAGUAUUAAUAAAAAUGAAUAAUCUCGAUUUUAAUGAUGAAAUUACUGGCAAGUCAAAUUUUAAAUCUGACUUCAAAGAUUACAAGAUAAAGUAUGAUAAUCAAACUAGAAAUAAUUGCCCACUAGGAAUGAGAUAAAUGAUGGGUGGAAGUCCAAGUGGCGUUUGUGAAUAUAUGAGAGGCAAAACUAUUGUAUACGAAGGCAGUGAUAAACUUACAAUUAAUUUCGAAUCUACAAUAGAAAAACUAUAGCAAGACUAAGAACUAGAUUUCACUCUCAUUUUCAUGCUAAAUAGCUACUUCACAAAAGACCUUACAUGGUUGCCAGAAUAUAAAUAUAUAUUUGAUAUGGUUCAAAUUGGGGACAAUAUAGUCUUCUAAACUUUAGAUUUCUAUAGAUUUCUGAUAAUAUACACUUCCUAAUUAACAGGGGACACUCAAACUGCCGAGUAUUUUCAUGGAGCGGGUACUAUAAACUACGUGAUUAACUUCUUACUUUCUUAAAAUCAGAUUCAUAUCUUUUAAGAAGGUGCUAGCAUUAUGAAAAUCUAGAUUUAAUCGGCAGAUGAGAUUACUGCUAUUAAGACAAUUUCAUUUGGAUAUUAUGUUUCACUUUAAUCUGAAUAGAGAAUCUAGGUAUCAGGCGUUAGAGUAUUUUACCCAACACUUAAUUCAAGUUAUUCAAAUUACUAUGAGCAGUCAUAUUAAAGAUUCUAUAUGAGCUAAGUUUAUUUGUUUGAUUAUAUCAAAGGUUAGAUAAGUCUGCCUUCUUUAUCUUAUUCAUACUUGGCUCUAUGGUAAAGUGGAUGUAUUGGUGGAAUGAAUAUGGAGUCAAGUUUUAUGCAAGGUUGCUUACCUAAAGCUGAAUUAUUCCUCUACAAUACUAGAAUACAGUACUCAUUCGCCAACAAGAUUAAUUUUAAAUGGUAGUUCAGUACUGGCUUAUGGUACAAACCAAUCAAGCUUAGAUAGGUGGAUUCAUCUUUCUACAACUAUUUCUAUUAAUUGCUGGGAAUUAUUGCAUUUGGUCCUUAAUAUCAGAUUGAUAAAAUGAAAUUUUGUGUACUUACCAUUAAAGGGUUAUAAAAAUCUAAAGUAUAUACUUGCUUUGAUAGAUUAAUAAUUCAAGAAGGAUAAUGGUAUGGCAUAACUGCUGUAAAGCAAAAUAAAGGAUUUUGGCAAAUUUACAAUUCUAACAUAAAUAUCGGGUAAGCAGAGGAUUCUAUGGAGUCUCAAAGUGGGUUAUUAUCGUAAAUAGCAAUGGGAGAUUUUUAAUCUGCAGGUAUCACAAUGAAGUUGAAGAAUGUAUUUGGCAUUGCUAAAGAGCUACUAGAUGAAGAUGUAGGUAGAACUUUCUAUGAUAGUUCUCUAUAUGGAAAUACAAUUGAUUCUAGAUAUAUUUACCAAGGUAGUGAUGGGAAGAUUAUCUGGGGAUAAAUACAAAACUAAGGAUAUCCAUCAGUUAUUUAAGGCCUUGUCUCAUUUUAUGUAGGAUCAGAAAAUGCAGCAAAUACAUUUACUGGCUAUUUGAGACAUAUCAAAGUUUUCAAGAGAUUCUUAUCAUUCGGGUAGUCUUUCUAGAUUUUACAUCAUAAAACUGGAAUAAUUAACAACAUGAAUUAUUACAAUCUUGCGGCUUCAUAUCCUUUUACUGAACCGAUAGGAAAUUUUAUCAGAGAGCAAGUCUCUGGGGAAUUCAAGAUUAUUAUAGACACUUAAUAGCAUGAAUACAUUUCCUAUCCUAGUCUUCCAAUAAUGUGUGAUGGAGACUUUCAGUACUCUAAUAGAGGCUACUGCUAAGAACAAUUCUAAAUGUAAAUUCAAAAUAGAAUUUAUAUGGAUCUGGACUUAGCUAGAGACUCACUUCUUCUGUAAUAGAGUUUAAAUAAUGCUCCCUUUAUGAAAAUCGCAGGAGGAAUUGGAGAUAAAUACCUAAAUAAUUGGAUGCAAUUUAAAUACCCUAAUAGGAUUGUACAAUAUUAACAAGCAGGAAAGAUUAAUUUUGAUGAAAGAGGGAAGAAAAAUGUUAUUAUUAACACGGCUUUGGAUACAAGUCUUAUUAACUUUGCUUUUAAAUCAUCAACUGGAACAGUUGUUCCAAAGAACAAAGAUUUAUCAAUAUUGAUUGGAUAUUUUAAACUAGAUGAAAGCGCAGGUACUAAUCUUUAUAAUACAGCUACUCAUGUGAAAUCAUAAAGAAUAAUUUAACUAUCAGAUGGAAUUAUUAAGUGGAUUUAUGAGACUGCUCUUAGUAAUUAAGUUUAAGCCUUUGUUCCAAUUAAAUGCAAUGAGCAUUUUAGUUAAUAGGUAGAUUAACAUUGUGAAAGCUGGAAUUAAUGCAAUACAAAUUGUUUUAACUCUCAAGAAUGUAAAGACCAAGAUUACGUAAACUGCAUGAAUAAACCAUCUGUCUUAUUUUAAUACUCUGAAAGUGACGAUUACUAUUUAGAUUGCUUUUAAGACUGUAGUUAAUGCAAUGAGCCGUGGGUAAAUAAUUGUAAUAAAUGCUUGGAUUCAAAUUUGUAUCAAAACACAUGUAUUUUCGUUUGCCCCAAAAAUACCUAUGUUGUUUAUGAUGCUGACUUGGAUUAAAAUAUGUGCUUACCAUGCAAUAGACCAUUAUGUGUUUGUGAUGAAAUUGAUAUAAACGCUUGCUACAGAUGCAUUGAGGAUUCAAAUGGACUAUUUAUAAAGUCACCCAUUCCUGAUUGCAUUUUAGCCUGCGGAGAAGGAACAUAUUAUGAUUAAAUAUAAUAAACUUGUACUCCUUGCUCUUAUUAAUGUUCUACAUGUACUGGCUCAACAAAUGGAGAAUGCUAAUCAUGCAAAGAGAAAUUUAUUUACAUCGAUGGAAAAUGUUUCAUCCCAGAGUGUCCAACUAAUUAAUAUCUCAAUUUAACAAUAAUGGACUGUAUUGAUUGCGACAAAAGUUGUGAAAGCUGUACAGGACCAGGACCUAAUCAAUGUGUUAAGUGUGCAUCAGAAUAUGAUAUCUAUCAAACAAAAUGUACCAAUUGUGAUUAGAUCCCUGGAUUCAAAUCUCCUAUGAUAGAAAACUAAUGCUCAGAGAUAUGUGGAGAUGGAAAAUAAAAAGGAUAAAAUGAAUGUGAUGAUGGAAACUUCUAGAAUGGAGAUGGAUGUGAUGAAAAUUGUAUGAUUGAAUCUGGAUUCAGUUGUGAAAAUUCAAUAUGCCAAUAAUUAGAACCGCCAAAAUUAAUAAUUUAAUCUUAUACCAACGAACUAAUAAUCUUCACAUUUAAUUAUCAAAUGACAGCUGAGCUAGGUCCACUUACAAAAAAUGAUAUUGGACUCUUGAUAAAAUUGCCUGAUAAUACCCUCAAGAAUAUAACUUGGACUGGAAAUAUUGAUUAGGAAUCAAUCAGAAAAAAUAAGUAUAGUCUGUAAAUAAAAAUCCAAUAUUCACUUAAAGGAGAUGAAGUACUUAUCAUAAAAUUGCUAUCAAAUAAAUUAAGACCACAAAAUUAAGGCGUACCUAUUCCAAUUUAUUAAUAGGCAACAAUUAAGGUAUAACCUUAUGAAUAUAGAAAUGAAGAAAGAUCUGCGUUAUUGAUGGAAAUGGUAGCAUAAGCUAAAACAGUGCUUAUUUCAGCACUUAGUUCAAAUAUGAUAGCCUAAAUUUUAAUGUAAGGGACAAUGGGUUAGAUGUUUGAAAUGAUCAAUACUCUUUAGAUCCUAUACUACAUGCCGUUGAUUCAAGUAUAUUAUCCUCAAGAUCUUAGAGAUUUUCUUGAUUUCUUAUCAACAUCAAAUUUCAACAUACCUGUCCCAGGUAUUUCAGACCCUGAAUCCUUUAUAAACAACUUAAUUGAUGAAAAACAAUAUAAUGAGCAAGCAUUUAAUCAGGCAUUUUAUGAUUUUGGAAUUUAAGGAACAGUAUUUGUUUUACAGUAUAAAUCGAAAUUAGUCCUUUGGUUCAUAUAGUCACAAAUUAUGAUUUGGUUUAUGCUUUUGACUUAUAUAUACAGGAGAAAUGAUAUGUAAUUAUUUCGGAUUAUUUUUUCUUUAGUUUUAAGCGAUUGA